UUUGUUUCCUACCGCUUCUAACGUAAAUGGGUAGUCCAAAUGUGUCCAAGAUCUUAGUUAUUGGAGCAACGGGUUACAUUGGGAGGCACCUCAUUCAAGCAAGCAUUAAGCUCGGCCACCCUACUUUUGCCCUUGCGAGGCCCAUCACUUCCUCUCACAACAUUGAGAAGAUCAAUCUCAUACAAUCUUUCAAGAACAAUGGUGUCAAUGUCUUAUUUGGUGAGUUGAAUGAUCAUGAUUGGUUAAUGAAUAUGAUCAAGAAGUUAGAUAUAGUAUUCUUAGUGUUAGGCCAUGAACCCAGCAUACAACUUGAGGAGCAAACUCGCAUAAUAUCAGCCAUAAAAGAGGCAGGAAAUAUUAAGAGAUACUUCCCAUCUGAGUUUGGAUUUGACGUUCAUAGACUUCAAAUUUUGGAACCUGCAAAAAGGGUGUUAGCAAUAAAGGUUAAGAUAAGAGAAGCCAUUAGAAAGGAAGGUAUUCCCUUCACCUUCGUGUCAAGCAACUUUUGUUGCUCCUAUUUUCUUUCAAGGCUUGGGCAGAUAGAAGCAACUGGAAUUCCUACUGAUACAGUUUUCGUCCUCGGAGAUGGAAACACUAAAGAAUGUCCUCAACCAUUCCCUUUCUUUUAUGCAAUUGCUCAUGCCGGCUUCAUCAAGGGGGAAACAACAAAAUUUGAUAUAGAUCCAACGGUUGGAGUUGAGGCUUCCCAACUAUACCCAGAUGUCAAAUACACUACUGUUGAAAAUUUUAUGGAUCAAUUUCUGUAA